CACCCACCAAGACACGUCAUUCCGCUGCCAGGCACCCAUGUCAUGUGACGGGGAGGUCAAUGAUCCUGACAAGAAAAUGGCGGAAUUUGAGGAGCUACGGGUAGGCUAAAAUAAAAUAAAAAGCAUAGCCACUAGGUAGAAAGCUGUACUACGGCUAAUCCUUCCAUUUAAUACAUUUGCGUUGUCGGAUAAGGCAAUAAAUUAGAAUUCUGCUUUAUAAAGGCAAAAAAUACUGCAUGUCUGUUGUUUUACAUAGCUAACAACCGGUGCUGCUCUCGACAUUAGCAUGCCGCGAGCUAGCUAACAACAAUUAUCCACAUGUAGCCAUUGGCUUAUCAAUGCGAAAUUGUUUUGUAAUGUUGCUUCACGUUAAUUCACUUUAUCUAACAAAAUGUGUGUUACCUGUUGCAUGUAAAUACUGUUAGUUGACUACAGUAGGUAGCUACUCAUUUUACAGUCAAAUAGGCUGUGCUAACAUAACUAGCUAUCCAGCUAGCGACUAUUGUUGUUUUCAGUGUUGCUAACUAGCUGGACUGCUGUUAACUGUUAUCUAAAAAUAAGAGUAAUUUUCAGGUUUGACAUUCUAGAUAAGGUUAUCUAGACCGGACCGCUAUAAACAUUACUGUAACUAACUGUAAUGUAAGAUUUUAGUAAAAUGAUAGCGACUUUAUGAAUCAGUCAAAUGAUAGUUAGCCAUCUACAUAAGAUGAGACCGAGGCUAAAUUAGUUUAAUAUAAAGCUGAAGCAUCCGUUUAGAACGUUUUCUCACCACCAAAUAUGGUAACGACAGGAAGUCCAGUCGGGGGUAGUGGGAGAAGAUGGAACUAGGUGAAACUGGACCUGCAUUCUGCACAUUUUUCUCAUCGAUAAAACAUCUAAUAUCAAUAAAAUGUUCUGUUCCCAAAACCAGAAUUUGUUACAAACUCAAUGCACUAAGUUUUAUAGACUUGACACUUUGCUAAAGUGUUUUUUUUUUUGUGCGCACGUGCUCUUCACAGAUACAUGCUACAACACGUCAAUAGGAUCUCACUAGCUCGUGCAUGCCAUGACUAUGAAGAUGGUAUAUUCUGAAUUAGGGGUGGAUGGAGAAAAAUGCACAGCUUUUUUGUUGUUUAAAUAGUUUUUUUCCCCCAACUUUCAAUCUUCAAUAUCGCUUAAUUAAUACUUUUCUUAAAUGUAAAGUCCCCUGUUUUAGGGGACCUGCGUGGUUCAGGUACCGGUUCCGACCAACGUUUCUGCUUAUAAAUCGAUCUGUGGACACCUUAGAUCGAAAUGGCUUGGGUUGAGUGAUAGCCCUGGUUCCCAUGGACACAGUAGUAUAUUUUCUGAGCCGGUGUGACAUAGGAUGUGAAAUUUGAAGCUGGGAUGUCCCUCCUACCAUUUCAUUCGCUCUUCCGACUGUCCAUCAACUCCUGGCUGAGCCCUAUGUCACAGCCCCUGUCAAAGCACAUGCCUGCAAUCCUUAUAUCGUAGCUUGGUUUCAGCACUGUAGCACAUUCAGAGAUCCAUUUAUAGCCAUUAAUCUAAAAUAAUUAAUAGAUUUUAAACACAAAAAAACACUUUCUGUUUGUCAUAGACGGACACAAUUAAUAUGAGAUGAAAGGCGAGUUCCUAACGAGUUCAGGAAGCCAGGCUAGAGCUCUGUGAGACGUUCACAGCGAUGGGGGCAGACGUUUUGAUCGAGACCUUUAGAAAAUAUGCACAUUUUCUCUAACACUAAACAAACAAAUAUGUAUUUAACAUUUAUAAGGAAGGUGAAAUCUUAUAGUUAAUCGUUUUAUAAUUUUAUUAUACUAUAUUUAGAAAGCAUAUGUCAUUUCAAGCCUUAUUCAUGCAGUUUUGUUGAAUAGGAAAUGCAUCAUAUACAAUAUUUAAAAUGUUCAUAUUUUUUUGCAUAUUUGUGCUGUUUACUUGAGCUUGUGUCCUCAAAAUUAACUACACCUCAGCAAUUUAUAACUAUUUUUACCAGAAAGGUGAGAUUUUAACCUUUUCUUGGAGUAUUAAGCAUUACUAGUUAUUGUUUAUGGCCCUCAUGAUAAAUAAUUACUUUUGCGGAUUAUGUAGAUUUAGAUUUUCGAUUACAUUUAGUUACAUUUAACCGGUUUAAACAAAGCGUGCCAUGACUGAAAAAUGAUAUAUUCUGGAGAGAAAAAAUACUCAUAAAAAAGCUGUGGAAUUUUUCUCCACCCUCCCCUCAUUCAGAAUAUAUAAUUUUCAUAGUCAUGCAAGAGCUGGUGAAGAUUGAAAACCAGAUCAGAAGAUCGGAUAAUGUUAUGUUCACAUAUGGAACCAUGCUCAUGUUCAUCAUUUGCAGGAAUUAUUGAUAUUUUGAUACGUUUUUUCUGUUGCUAUUCAAAUGAUCAAAUGAAUGCCCCAUAACAAUACCUAUUUGUGUACAGCAUCAUUGUAUAGCUUAACAAAUUCUUACCACGAGCAUGAUUCUGCAGUCCCACAGUUUUCCUUUGCCUACCUAACCAUAUAGCUAGCAAAUGUUGUGGUUUUUUCCUUUCUAAAGUCAACGCUCGGCCUCACUGCUCUCCAUCCAUCAUUUGUCUGCCUUGCCCAAUGCCAUGCUCUCCCCGUGUUUGGUGUUUGAUCUGAUCUAAUGGCUCUGGCGUUAUUCCCAUUCAACAUUUUUUAGAUGCUUAACGGUCACAUAUAAUAAGGAUUUCUAAGAACAAAGGAAAUGCACACGUAAGAGCGAUCGAGCAUGGACCAUAUAAUGAAGGGUCAGUUGGGGUUUUAUUCCUUUCCUGUUCUGGGGGUGGGGGGUGGGGGUCAUAAAAUGUGUAAUAAUAAUUGUGUUGGAAUAGCUCUACUCUGGGUAGUUUUACCUGCCAUUGACAUGUUUGGUGUUUUUGCUUUGAAAGACAAUAUUGCUAACCUGGCUGUGUGCCAUGUAAGGAUAAUGUGACAUUUGAGUCAUUAUUUUGUUAGGAUAUCAGAAUAUACAGCAUCCUAGUUACAUACUUUUACACUUUUGACUUCUUAAAAAUGGGGCUAAUCAACUGUAACUUGAUUUUGAACUAAAGAAAACAUGGCAUGAAAACUUGAAUUUUCCUCAAGUGGCAAAAUGAUUAGCCUAAUCAUUCCUAAUCAUGUUUUAUCAAUGUCUUAAUUGCUGCAUUACAUUGACAAUUCUACAUUUACAUUUUUAGUCAUUUAGCAGACGCUCUUAUCCAGAGCGACUUACAGUUAGUGAGUGCAUACAAUUUUCCCAUACUGGCAAUGACAUGGCAAUGACAUGGUAGCCUGUCUGUGUCCUCAUGUCUCCCCUUGUCUCUACAGAGCAUGGUAUCAAGUUUCAGAGUGUCAGAGCUACAAGUGUUACUGGGCUUCGCUGGGCGAAACAAGAGUGGUCGCAAGCAUGAGCUCCUUCUGAGGGUCUUGCACCUCCUGAAGAACGCCUCCUGCAGUCCAGCCGUCCAGAUCAAAAUCAAGGAACUUUAUCGACGCCGCUAUCCCAGGACGAUAGACACUAGUCAUACCGACUUGGCUGCCAUUAAGUCUGCGUUCUCCACGGCAGCGGAAGUAGGUUGUGGUGUUACCCUGGUAACCUCUGACCUCAGUGACCUGUCCCCUGACGGCGCCGCCGGUGUCUCCCGGGACUCUGACCAGGUCUCCGAUUCGCUGCUCCUCUCCGGUGAUUCUCUGGUCCUGUCUGGUGAUUCGCUGCAGCUCCACGAGGAGACCAAUAAGGAGCUGAGGAUGAACCUCCAGCAGCCCGCCCCUCUCAUCCCCCCUGUCCACCCAGAUGUCCAGAUGAAGUCUCUGCCGUUCUACGACGUGUUGGACAUCCUCAUCAAACCCUCCAGCCUGGGUCAGUGUCUCUAGGAAAUCUAGAUGGACCACCACCAUAUUACUGGGCAGGCUUUACAUUGAUAAUAAUAAUAAUAAUAAUAAUAAUAUGCCAUUUAGCAGACGCUUUUAUCCAAAGCGACUUACAGUCAUGCGUGCAUACAUUUUUACGUAUGGGUGGUCCCCGGGGAUCGAACCCCACUACCCUGGCGUUACAAGCGCCAUGCUCUACCAAUUGAGCUACAGAAUGAUUACUGCUCCCCUCUCCUCAUCUAGGUUCCUUCAUAUCACUGGUCCCCUCUCCUCAUCUAGGUCCCUUCAUGUUACUGGUCAGACUUGACAUUACUGAUGAAGGAGUCUGUGAUGAAGUGCCUGAAUGUUUGUUUAUUCUGGUCAUAAUCUGAUGUCCUUGUCUUGUUGGCCAUUCCACUGUAGAGCCUUAAGCCAGCCUGUGGGCUCUAAUUUUAGACACUUCUCAAGUUCUCAUAGAUCCAAAUGAUGGGUGUUGUCAAUAUCUCUCUGAUGACGUGUACCUUCCAUCAUAUUACCUGUCCACUGGCCAGGCUUGACGUUACUGACCAAAGACUGCAAUGAAGUGUCUGAAUGUUUUGUAUUUGCGUCACGUCACAAUCCGACGUCCUUGUUCUAUUAGGAGCCAGCACUGUUCAGAGAUACCACCAAGAGAAAUACUUCAUCUUCGCCUUGACGCCUCAACAAGUCAGGGAGGUGUGCAUCUCCAGGUAUGGGGGCUGCUCUCUACUCUCACAGCGCCUUACUUACUCCUGACGUCUUCCGGAAUAGUUCUGUUUCUAAUUAUCAUGUGUUCUUGUUCUUUCUUUAAAGGGACUUCCUACCAGGUGGCAGAAGAGACUACAUGGUUCAGAUACAACUGAGGUGAGAAUAGAUCGAAUGCAGUCGUAAUUCCAGGACCUAUUCAGACACCUGGAGCCCCUGAGGGGAUUUAUUUCAAACAGCUUGUUUAUCGCUUCUCCACAUUUUGAUUUUUUCUUGAUUUUUUUUUUCUUGUAGGUUCUGUCUGUCAGAAACCAGUUGUCCCCAAGAAGACAACUACCCCAACAGUCUCUGCAUUAAAGUUAAUGGGAAGCUCUUCCCCCUGCCGGUACGUUUCUCGGCUGAUAUAGGAUCAGGUCCCACCUGUCCAUUUAAUCUUAUUCAUUAUGAUCUAAAAGGCUCAAGUGAUCCUAGAUCAGCACAGACUAAAGUGAGACUAUUUCUAAUAUAACGUGAUGGUGAAGUUGAUAACGAGUAUGCUGUAAGACGUGUGUUUUGUUUUUCAGGGUUAUGCCCCGCCCCCUAAAAAUGGAGUGGAACAGAAGAGACCUGGAAGACCUCUAAACAUCACCUCAUUGGUUAGAUUGUCCUCUGCCGUACCCAAUCAGAUCUCUGUAACGUGGGCAGCCGAAAUCGGAAAGGUACUGUAAGCACUAACCUUGAGGAGCAGGGCAUUCUUCACUCUGUGAUUGGGAACUUCAUUUGUAGUAGUGGAAACUGUAAAGAUGCCUUUCUGCAUCAUAGACUUCAUCAGCCUUUCAAGCUGAUAUGAUGUUCCAGACGUACUCCGUGUGUUGUUCAGACGUACUCCGUGUGUUGUUCAGACGUACUCCGUGUGUUGUUCAGACGUACUCCGUGUGUUGUUCAAGCGGACAGAUAAUUCUAUUUCUGACUGUUGUUCCAGACGGACUCCGUGUGUUGUUCAAGCGGACAGAUAAUUCUAUUUCUGACUGUUGUUCUAGACGUACUCCAUGUCGGUGUACCUGGUGAGACAGCUCACAUCACCUCUACUGCUGCAGAGGCUCAGGAUGAAGGGCAUCAGAAACCCUGACCACUCCAGAGCACUGAGUGAGCACACACACACACUUGUGUGGUCACACUCAUACACACACACACACACACACACACAAAAGCAUACACACACAGUCUCUCUCACUCACACACACACACACACACACACACACACACACACACACACACACACACACACACAUAAACAUAAAUUGGAAGACAGGCUCAUUGUAAUUGAUUCCCACUGAAUCACACUCAUACACCCGUUUAUGUGUUUAAUCUGUAAUGUCCUUCAUAUCUUCCCUGUCCUCUUGCAGUAAAAGAGAAGCUGACCGCAGACCCUGACAGUGAGAUUGCCACAACCAGUCUGAGAGUGUCGCUCAUGUGCCCCGUGAGUAAAACAUGCUGGGGAAGAAAACCUACAUUUCAUACAAUCAUGCUGCUACACUUUUACUGACAGACAAAGAUAUAUAUAUAAUAAUAAUAAUAAUAUGCCAUUCAGCAGACGCUUUUAUCCAAAGCGACUUACAGUCAUGUGUGCAUACAUUUUUGUGUAUGGGUGGUCCCGGGGAUCGAACCCACUACCUUGGCGUUACAAGCGCCGUGCUCUACCAGCUGAGCUACAGAGGACCACAAUAUAGGGUGUUACAAAUAUGUAAAGUGUGGUGAAACUCACUCUUGUCUCUCUCCUCCCUUCCUCUCCCCCAUCUCUCUCCCCCAUCUCUCUCCUCCCUCUCUCUCCUCCCUCCCUCUCCCCCAUCUCUCUCCUCCCUCUCUCUCCUCACUCUCUCUCCUCCCUCUCUCUCCUCCCUCCCUCUCCCCCAUCUCUCUCCUCCCUCUCCAGCUGGGUAAGAUGCGUCUGACAGUGCCAUGUCGAGCUGUCACCUGUUCCCACCUGCAGUGUUUCGACGCAGCGCUCUACCUGCAGAUGAACGAGAAGAAACCCACCUGGGUCUGUCCUGUCUGUGACAAGAAGGCCCCCUACGAGAGCCUCAUCAUCGACGGGUUGGUACCUUUCUAUAACUACACUGAACAAAAAUAGAAACGCAACAUGUAAAGUGUUGGUUUCAUGAGCUGGAAAUAAAAGAACCCAGAAAUGUUCCAUACGCACAAUUUUUUUUUAUUUCUCUCAAAUUUUGCGCACAAAUUUGUUUACAUCCCUGUUUGUGAGCAUUUCUAAUUUUGCCAAGAUAAUCCAUCCACCUGACAGGUGUGGCAUAUCAAGAAGCUGAUUAAACGGCAUGAUCAUUACACAGGUGCACCUUGUGCUGGGGAUAAUAAAAGGCCACUCUAAAACGUGCAGUUUUGUCACACAACACAAUGCCGCAGAUGUCUGAAGUUUUGAGGGAGCGUGUAAUUGGCAUGCUGACUGCAGGAAUGUCCACCAGAGAUGUUGCCAGACAAUUUGUUCAUUUCUCUACUAUAAGCCGCCACCAUGCAGCCAACCUGAAAAAUACUUUACAGGUUAGCUAGACUCAUCCCUGAGCAUGUGUGCCAAAUUCCAUCACUUUGAGACAAACAGAUCAAGAGAUUUUUAACAAGUGCCCUUUAAAGCGCCACCUUGUGGUCAAUAUGAAUGUGCUUGCGUAUGUUGAGUCUUGUUUGGACAAUGUUUGGAACAUUUGUACCAAGUUUUGUUAGAAUGCGAAUAUCCGUGUCGGAGUUGUAUUCCAUUUAUUUUCCAGACCACGCCCACAUGAAUAUUUAUUGGUCACUAGCGGCCAUGUUUGAGAUACUAUCGCGCAAUAACAUAAUUUGUGAUUGGUCCGUAGAUGCCACAUAUCCAGUUUUGGUCAUUUGGUGCCAGAGGAGUAGCGUUUUAAAGUGUUUUUAAACUAAAUUUAAAAAUGGCAGAAAAUCCAUCGUGGUGGACUUUAUGGGUCCUUGAGGGAAAUGUAUUAUUUUGUGAGGAGCGGGACCUAUGUACUGAAUUGCAGGACUCUAGGCCAUGGGGUGAGGGGCGUGACCUUUUCAAAGUUAGCAUUUUUAAUCGCUUGUUAAAGCACCACCAUGUUACCAUGGUGUUAGAUGAGAGGGUGUGGCCUCAAGCAAGGUUACUACCUCCUAGGCCUUACCAUCUCACGGAAAUUUGCUUUAAAUCAGCAGAAGGAAAAUAAUAAACAAUGGCAACGAAUACACGGUGUUACCCUGGUAACCUCUGACCUCAGGGUUUCGCUGCUGAACCCUUAAUAAUAAUAAUAACACCUGGAUAUAUCCUGUGUGUGACAUCAUCGACGGGUCAGUGAGGGGGGGAAUCUACUGUUAGACUUCUCAUUCCAUUUUUAUUAGUAACGUUUUAUUUUACAUCCCGGUUGUUGCCGCGGCAAUGAUCUUGUAACUAUGUUAGACUGUAUUAGCUGAGCUGAAUGGUAUAAAUAGAUCUUGUAACUAUGUAACUACGAGUGUAUUAGUGACUUGCGAAAGUAUUCACCCCCGUUGGCAUUUUUCCUAUUUUGUUGCCUUACAACCUGGAAUUAAAAUUGAUUUUUUGGGGGGGUUUGUAUCAUUUGAUUUACACAACAUGCCUACCACUUUGAAGAUGCAAAAAUAUUUUUUUAUUCUGAAACAAACAAGAAAUAAGACAAAAAAAAACAGAACUUGAGCGUGCAUAACUAUUCACCCCCCCCCCCCCCCCAAAGUCAAUACUUUGUAGAGCCACCCUUUGCAGCAAUUACAGCUGCAAGUCUCUUGGGGUAUGUCUCUAUUAGCUUGGCACAUCUAGCCACUGGGAUUUUUGCCCAUUCUUCAAGGCAAAACUGCUCCAGCUCAUUCAAGUUGGAUGGUUUCCGCUGGUGUACAGCAAUCUUUAAGUCAUACCACAGAUUCUCAAUUGGAUUGAGGUCUGGGCUUUGACUAGGCCAUUCCAAGACAUUUACAUUUUCCCCCUUAAACCACUUGAGUGUUGCUUUAGCAGUAUGCUUAGGGUCAUUGUCCUGCUGGAAGGUGAACCUCCAGCCCAAUCUCAAAUCUCUGGAAGACUGAAACAGGUUUCCCUCAAUAAUUUCCCUGUAUUUAGCGCCAUCCAUCAUUCCUUCAAUUCUGACCAGUUUCCCAGUCCCUGCCGAUGGAACAAUUUAGUUUCAUCUGACCAGAGUACCUUCUUCCAUAUGUUUGGGGAGUCUCCCACGUGCCUUUUGGCGAACACUAAACGUGUUUGCUUAUUUUGUUCUUUAAGCAAUGGCUUUUUUCUGGCCACUCUUCCGUAAAGCCCAGCUCUGUGGAGUGUACGGCUUAAAGUGGUCCUAUGGACAGAUACUCCAAUCUCCGAUGUGGUGCUUUGCAGCUCCUUCAGGGUUAUCUUUGGUCUCUUUGUUGCCUCUCUGAUUAAUGCCCUCCUUGCCUGGUCCGUGAGUUUUGGUGGGCGGCCCUCUCUUGGCAGGUUUGUUGUGGUGCCAUAUUCUUUCAAUAUUUUAAUAAUGGAUUUAAUGGUGCUCCGUGGGAUGUUCAAAGUUUCUAAUAUUUGUUUAUAACCCAACCCUGAUCUGUACUUCUCCACAACUUUGUCCCUGACCUGUUUGGAGAGCUCCUUGGUCUUCAUGGUGCCGCUUGCUUGGUGGUGCCCCUUGCUUAGUGGUGUUGCAGACUCUGGGGCCUUUCAGAACAGGUGUAUAUACACUGAGAUCAUGUGACAGAUCAUGUGACACUUAGAUUGGACACAGGUGGACUUUAUUUAACUAAUUAUGUGACUUCUGGAGGUAAUUGGUUGCACCAGAUCUUAUUUAGGGGCUUCAUAGCAAAGGGGGUGAAUACAUAUGCACGCACCACUUUGCCGUUAUUUAUUUGUACACAUUUUUUGAAACAAGUAAUUUUUUUCAUUUCACUUCACUAAUUUGGACUAUUUUGUGUAUGUCCAUUACAUGAAAUCCAAAUAAAAAUCGAUUUAAAUUACAGGUUGUAAUGCAACAAAAUAGGAAAAACGCCAUGGGGGAGGAAUACAUUUGCAAAGCACUGUAUUAGCUGAGGUUAAAUAGAGCCCUGAAUGGUAUAAAUAGCAGAACUGAAUACUGUAGUGUUCUAUUUAAGCAAUAAGGCCAGAGGGGGUGUGGUAUAUGGCCAAUAUACCACGGCUAAGGGCUGUUCUUAUGCACGACGCAACGCGGAGUGCCUGGACACAGCCCUUAGCCGUGGUAUAUUGGCCAUAUACCCCAAAUCUCCGAGGUGCCUUAUUGCUAUUAUAAACUGGUGACCAACGUAAUUAGAGCAGUAAAAAAUAAAUGUUUUGUCAUACACGUGGUAUACGAUCUGAAAUACCACGACUGUCAGCCAAUCAGCAUUCAGGGCUCGAACCACCCAGUUUAUAAUGAACUUUUAGAACAUGAAUGGAAUGUCAAAGGAACGUCAUUGGAACACGGGAGUCUCUGUCCCUCUCUCUGUCUGUCAGGUUGUUCAUGGAGAUUCUGAACGACUGCUCUGAUGUGGAUGAGAUCAAGUUCCAGGAGGAUGGGACCUGGUGCCCCAUGAGACCAAAGAAAGAGGCCCUCAAUGUGUCCUCAACCUGUAUCCCAAAAAUAGAACGUAAGUCCUCCUAUAGACGUCAGCCGUCACUGCUAUAAAUACUGUAUCCACAAUAUACCUACUGGUCGAUCUGUUACUUGAUACUUUCCAAAUCUUUACACCCCCCCCCCCCCCAAAGCGCGUCUGUGUGCCGUGGUCCCCUCCCACAGCGAGCCCAGCUCGGCCAAUAAGAAGGCAGACGUGAUCGACCUGACCCUGGAGAGCUCGUCAGAGGAGGAGGAGGAGGAGGAGGAUCCUGACCCGCCGCUGAAGAAGAGAUGCCUCUACAUGUCCAAGACGGAGGAGGUGCACGCCAAGGGGUGGGUUGACUGGCCUUCACGGGUCUCUCCUAGGGCUGUGGUGGUCCUUACAUUCUGUCAGCCGGUAACUGUCAUGCAAAUAACUGCCGGUCUCACGGUAAUUGACCGUUAAUUAAUAUAAACACUUUCGGCGUCUCCGGGCCUCCACGCAUACAGGCCACUGAUGCGGAUCUUUUUUUUUUAGAACAUCUACAUUUAAAAAAGUAGAAUAAAUCAAUUAAAUAUACACAUCACAAUAAAAUGCAAGGUUUUUUUUAGUUGUGAUGGGCCUACAAACCUUAGAAUGUCUUAGAAAGCUAAACCUAUGGGCUGGCUGCAUGAUGUAAUGCUAUUGGCGAUUUGGAAAAGGCAUAGGUUCUGAUCCUUUCUUCCCGCGGAGGGAGAGAGAGAAUAUCAUUGCUGCUCUGCUUGUGUGGCAAAGCAAGUUAGGAGAUAUUUAAUCAAUGGAAGAUGGAAUUAAAAUGGCAGAAUUCAAAGUGAAAUGAGAAGGAAAGGCUACAACGACCAGAAGCCAACAGGUAGGCAGCCAUUUAUAAUGUUGUUAUGUGUUUGGCUAACUUUAGGAUGGUGACAAACACAGUAAUGUUAUGGCUAGCCUCAAUUAGCCUAGUUAGCUAGCUUCUCUCGGUGUGAUGCAGUCGAGACAGUGUAGUAUUUACUCUGAUAAAUAACUAGCAAGACCUUAGUCUAGCGGGAGAUACCAGCCCUCUUUCCCCCACCGUGUCUCUCUUUCUCCCCCACCGUGUGUCUCUCUCUCUCCCCCACCGUGUCUCUCUCUCUCUCCCCCACCGUGUGUCUCUCUCUCCCCCACCGUGUCUCUCUCUCUCCCCCACCGUGUCUCUCUCUCUCCCCCAAACGGGGUCUCUCUCUCCCCCACCGUGCCCUCUCUCUCUCCCCACCCGUGCCCUCUCUCUCUCCCCCCACCGUGUCUCUCUCUCUCCCCCACCGUGUCUCUCUCUCUCCCCCACCGUGUUGUCUUUUCUCCCCCACCGUGUGUCUCUCUCUCCCCCACCGUGUGUUCUCUCUCCCCCCCGUGUGUCUCUCUCUCUCUCUCCCCCCCGUGGGUUCUCUCUCUCCCCCCCCGUGUGUCUCUCCCCCACCGGUUGCCCUCUCUCUCCCCCACCGUGUGUCUCCUCUCUCUUCCCCCACCGUGUCUCUCUCUCUCCCCCCGUGUUGUCUCUCUCUCCCCCACCGUGUGUCUCUCUCUCUCUCUCCCCCACCGUGUCUCUCUCUCUCCCCCCACCUUUGUGUCUCUCUCCCCCACCGUGUGUCUCUCUCUCUCUCUCCCCCCCACCGUGUGUCUCUCUCUCCCCACCGUGUUGUCUCUCUCUCUCCCCCACCGUGGUCUCUCUCCCCCCACCGUGUCUCUCUCUCUCCCCCACCGUGUCUCUCUCUCUCCCCCACCGUGUGUCUCUCUCUCCCCCCCCCGUGUGUCUCUCUCUCCCCACCGUUGUCUCUCUCUCCCCACCGUGUGCUCUUCUCACCCCACCGUGUGUCUCCCCUCCCCACCGGGGUGUCUCUCUCUCCCCCACCGUGGUCUCUCUCUCUCUCCCCCCCCGUGUCUCUCUCUCUCUCCCCACCGUGUGUCUCUCUCUCCCCCACCGUGUGUCUCCCCUCUCCCCCACGUGUGUCUCUCUCUCCCCCACCGUGUGUCUCUCUCUCCCCCACCGUGUGUCUCCUCUCUCUCUUCCCCCCACCGUGUGUCUCUGUUCUCUCUCCCCUCCCCCCACCGGGGGGUCUCUCUCUCCCCCACCGUGUGUCUCUCUCCCCUCUCUCCCCCCACCGUGUGUCCUUUUCCCCCACCGGGUGUCUCUCUCUCUCCCCCACCGUUGUCUCUCUCUCUCUCCCCCACCGUGUCUUUUCCUCCCCCCACCGUGUCUCUUUUCUUCUCCCCCACCGUGUCUCUCCCCUCUCCCCCACCGUGUGUCUCUCUCUCCCCCACCGUUUUGUCUCUCUCUCUCCCCCCACCGUUUUCUCUCUCUCCCCCACCGUGUGUCUCUCUCUCACCCACCGUGUCUCUCUCUCUCCCCCACCGUGUCUCCUCUCUCUCCCCCACCGUGUCUCUCUCUUCCCCCUCCCCCACCGUGGGGUCUCUCUCUCCCCCACCGUGUGUUCCUCUUUUCCCCACCGUGUUCUCCUCUCCCCCCCACCGUGUGUCUCUCUCUCCCCCACCGUGUGUCUCUCUCCCCCCCCGUUGUGUCUCUCUCCCCCACCGUGUCUCUCUCUCCCCCACCGUGUCUCUCUCUCUCCCCCACCGUGUCUCUUCUCUCUCCCCCACCUUUUGUCUCUCUCUCUCCCCCACCGUGUCUCUCUUUUUCUCCCCCCGUGUCUCUCUCUCCCCCCACCGUGUCUCUCUCUCCCCCACCGUGUGUCUCUCCCCCACCGUGUUCUCUUUUCCCCCACCGUGUGUCUCCCCUCCCCCACCGUGUGUCUCUUCUCCCCCACCGUGUGUCUCUCUCUCCCCCACCGUGUGUCUCUCUCUCUCCCCCCACGUGUGUCUCUCUCUUUUCCCCCACACGUGUGUCUCUCUCUCUCUCCCCCACCGUUUUGUCUCUCUCUUUUCCCCCCACCGUGUGUCCUCUCUCUCUCCCCCACCGUGUGUCUCUCUCUCUUCCCCCCCGUGUGGUCUCUCUCUCUCUCCCCCACCGUGUGUCUCUUCUCUCUCCCCCACCGUGUUUGUCUCUCUCUCUCUCCCCCACCGUGUGUCUCUCUCUCUCUCCCCCACCGUGUUCUCUCCCCUCUUCUCCCCCCCCCCCGUGUGUCUCUCUCUCUCUCUCCUCCCCCCACCGUGUGUUCUCUCUCUCUUCUCUCCCCCCACCGUGUGUCUCUCUCUCCCCCACCAUGUGUCUCUCUCUCCCCCCCACCUUUGGUGUCUCCUCUCCCCCACCGUGUGUCUCUCUCUCCCCCACCCGUUGGUCUCUCUCUCCCCACCGGGUGUCUCUCUCUCCCCCACCGUGUGUCUCUCUCUCCCCCCACCGUGUGUCUCUCUCUCUCUCUCUCCCCCACCGUGUGUCUCCCCUCCCCCACCGUGUGUCUCUCCUCCCCCACCGUGUGUCUCUCCUUCUCCCCACCGUGUUCUUCCUCUCUCCCCACCGUGUGUCUCUCUCUUCUCCCCCACCGUGGUUUGCCCUCUCUCUCUCUCCCCCACCGUGUGUCUCUUCUCCCCCCACCGUGUUCUCUCUCCCCCCCUCUCUCUCCCCACCGUGUGUCUCUCUCCCCCACCGUGUGUCUCUCUCCCCCCCGUGUGUCUCUCCCCUCCCCCCCACCGUGGUCUCUCUCUCCCCCACCGUGGGGUCCCCUUCUCCCCACCGGUUUUCUCUCUCUCUCCCCCACCGUUUUGUCUCCCCCUCUCCCCCACCGUGUGUCUCUCUCCUCCCCCCACCGUGUGGUCUCUCUCUCCCCCCCCGUGUCUCUUCUCUCCCCCCCCGGGGGUUUGUCUCUCUCUCCCCCACCGUGGUCUCCCCUCUCCCCCACCGUGUCUCUCUCUCCCCCCCCUUUGUCUCUCUUUUCCCCCACCGGUGGUUCUCUCUCCCCCACCGUGUGUCUCUCUCUCUCUCUCCCCACCGUGUCUCUCUCUUUUCCCCCACCGUUGUGUCCUCUCUCUCUCUCUUCCCCACCUGUGUCUCUCUUCUCUCUCUCCCCCCCCCCCGGUGGUCUCUCUCUCUCUCUCUCCCCCACCGUGUGUCUCUGCUCUCCCCCCACCGUGUGUCUCUCUCUCUCCCCCCCCGUUUUGUCUCUCUCUCUCUCCCCCACCGUUCCUCUCUCUCUCCCCCACCGUGGGGUCUCUCUCUUCUCUCUCUCCCCACCGGUGUCCUCUCUCUCCCUGCUCUCCCCACCGUGUGUCUCUCUCUCCCCCACCAUGGUCUCCUCUCUCCCCCCACCGUGUGGUACUCUUCUCCCCACCGUGCUGUCUCUCCCCCACCGUGUGAUCCUCUCUCUCCCCCCCCCCACCGUCUGUUCUCUCCUCCCCCACCGUGUCUCUCUCUCCCCCACGUGUGUCUCUCCUCUCCCCACCGUGUGUCUCUCUCUCCCCCACCGUGUGUCUCUCUCUCCCCCACCGUGUCUCUCUCUCUCCCCCACCGUGGUGUCUCUCCUCCCCCACCGUGUGUCUCUCUCUCUCCCCCACCGGUCUCUCUCUCCCCCACCGUGUCUCUCUCUCCCCACCGUGUCUCUCUCUCCCCCCACCGUGUUAUCUCUCUCUCUCUUCCCCCACCGUGUCUCUCUCUCUCUCCCCCCACGUGUUGUCUCUCUCUCUCUCUUCCCCACCGUGUGUCCUCUCUCUCUCUCUCCCCACCGGUGUCUUCUCUCUCUCUCUCUUCCCCCACCGUGUGUCUCUCUCUCCCCCACGUGUCUCUCUCUCCCCCACCGUGUGUUCUCUCUCUCUUCCCCACCGUGUGUCUCCUCUCUCUCUCCCCCACCAUGUGUCUCUCUCUUCCCUCCCACCGUCUUCUCCUCUUUCUCCCCACCGUGUCUCUCUCUCUCUCUCUCUCUCCCCCCACCGUGUGUCUCUCUCUCUCUCUUUCCACACGGUGGUCUCUCUCUCUCUCUCCCCCACCGUGUCUCUCUCCCCCACCGUGUGUUCUCUCUCCCCCACCGUGUGUCUCUCUCCCCCACCGUGUGUCUCUCUCUCCCCACCCGUGUGUCUCUCUCCCCCACCGUGUGUCUCUCUCUCCCCCCACCGUGUGUCUCUCUCUCCCCCACCGUGUGUCUCUCUCUCCCCACUGUGUCUCUCUCUCUCCCCCACUGUGUCUCUCUCUCUCCCCCACCGUGUCUCCUCUCUCUCCCCCACCGUUGUCUCUCUCUCCCCCACCGUGUGCUCUCUCUCCCCAACGUUGUGUCUCUCUCUCCCCCACCGUGUCUCUCUCUCCCCACCGUGUCUCUCUCUCUCUCCCCCACCGUGUGUCUCUCUCUCCCCCCCGUGUCUCCUCUCUCUCCCCACCGUCGUUCUCUCAUCUCUCUCCCCCCACCGUGCUCUCUCUCUCUCUCCCCCACCCGUGUCUCUCUCUCUCUCUCCCCCACCGUGUGUCUCUCUCUCUCUCCCCCACCGUGUGUCUCUCUCUCUCUCCCCCCACCGUGUGUCUCUCUCUCUCUCCCCCCCCGUGUGUUCUCUCCCCCCACCGUGUGUCUCUCUUUCCCCCACCGCCUGUCUCUCUCUCCCCCACCGUGUCUAUCUCUCCCUCCCUCCCCCACCGUGUGUCUCUCUCCCCCACCGUGUUUUACAUUUACGCCCCGCACGGCUCCUCCCCCGCUCCCUAGAAGCCUACAGCUGUGGCUCCUCCCCCGGAUGUGCUUCUCUCUCCUGUUUCUCCGUAGCUCCGGUUAAUAAAGAAGCAAAAUGAUCUGCUGCUUCCCUUACUCGGACCGGACAUGGACCCGACCUGGUCCAUACGGUGACGGGUCUGGUUGUCCUUAGGUCCGUUGGGAACGGGUUUUUAAAAAUAUAUUUUUGCAUAUUGGGUCCGGGGCUUUCCUAUGUCCAUUUCGGAACGGGACUUCUAACUCCCAUCACCAUUUGUACUCAUCAUUCAGAUUAUUAAAAUGUAUUCAUUAAGUUUUUUAGAGUGAUUAGAGGGAAUAUAGCGAGGGCCGUUGGCUAGGCUUGAGUUUAUUAAAUGGAUCACAACAUUUUCUUUGCUACUUUGGGUAGAAAAAACUAUUUUCUUUUUCUCAUCCAGAGCAACUUACAGGAGAAAUUAGGGUUAAGUGCCUUGCUUAAGGGCACAUCGACAGAUUUUUCACCUAGUCGGCUCGGGGAUUAGAACCAGCGACCUUUCGGUAACUGGUACUACGCUCUUACCCACUAAGCUACCUGCAAAAUAGCUUUUGCUCAUGGUGAAAAUAAAUAGUUUGGUCAUCCUCACAAGUCAAGCCAGUCCUCCAUGAAAGCAGCUCAGUUUGUCUGUGUCUGAUCCAUAGAUGCAACAUAUCAAGUUUCAUGCAGAACGGUCAUUCGGUGCCAGAGGAGUAGCUUUUUAAAGUAUUGUUUUCACAAAAUUGCAUGAGAGGGUCUGGACUAUGGGCCUUAACCAUUUUACAUUUACAUUUUAGUAAUUUAGCAGACGCUCUUAUCCAGACCGACUUACAUGAGCAAUUAGGUUUAAGUGCCUUGCUCAAGGGCACAUCGACAGAUUUUUUCACCUAGUCGGCUCGGGGAUUAGAACCAGCGACCUUUCGGUUACUGGCACAACGCUCUUAACCACUAAGCUUCCUGAUCGCCAUGUCAUUAACCAUGUCCAGUUGCACCCUCCUCUGCCUUACCGUCUCACAGGAAUUUGCAUGUUAAUUUUCCUCGCAAGAAGAACCGGCAUAAUUAUAAUUAAAGGUGCAAGCAGCAUUGCCGGGGUUCAAGCUGUGGGCCCACUCUGCCACCAUCAGGACUGAAUGUACACAUCACUCUAGGAUGAGCUACUUCAGUACUGUUUACCGUGCUUGGCAAAUAUCACAACUCAAAAUCAAUGCAAUAUACUUUAGAUGUAUCUUGGACAAUUUUGUAUGAUAUUGACUACUGUAAACUUCUUCUCCUGAACCUCUACUGUAAACCUCUUCUCCUGAACCUCCGGAUCGAUCGGAACCAAAUUAGGUAUAUAGCGUCUAUGGAUGCACGUCUUUAAACACAACAUUUUCCAAGAGUCUAGCUAAAACCACAUGGCUGCUAUGAUUCAAUGAGCUUGCAUGAACAGCGCCACCAUACGGCCAUACUCAACCAUACUCUACAGGUUAGCUAGACUCACCUCCCUGAGUGUGUGUACCAAAUUUCAUCUCUGAGUCAAACAGAUCAAGAGAUAUAAACAUGUGCCCGUUAUAGCGCCACCGUGUGUUCGAUCAGAAGUGUGCUUGCAUAUGCUGUCUUGACAGUGUUUGAAACAUGUACUCCAAGUUUUGUUGCAAUGUUAAUAUUAUUUUCUGAUCUGUAUGAAUUUAUGUGACAGACCACGUGAAUGUUUAUUGGUCAGCAGCAGCCAUGUUGUUUGACAUACUAGCCUAGACAAUGUUGCGUUGGGAGACAUAGAUGCCAUUCAUCAAGUUUUGUGCAGAUCGGUAAUUCGGUGCCAGAGGAGCAGCGUUUUGAUUGCUUUUCACAAAAUGUAAAAUGGUGGAAAAUGUAUCACGUGGGGACUUUAUGGGUUAUUGAGGCAAAAUGUGUUCCUUGUGAGGAGAGGGACCACAUCUAGGGCUCUAACUCGUGCUUUCAAAGUUUGUUAUAGCACCACCUUGUGGCUAAUUGGCAUUUGAUUGUACGAGAGGGUGUGGCCCUUGUCCCUUUACCAUCAUGCCAGGUUGCUGCAACCUAAGCCUUACCAUCUCACGGGAAUUUGCAUUAGAUUUUUUUGGCGUUACGGAAGAAAAUAAAUAAUAAUUAAAGCUGCAAGCAGCGUUGCCGGGGUUCAGCUGCGUGCCCAUUGUGCCACCGUCAGGAAAAAUUGGACACGUUUCCCUAGGAGGAGUUACUUCUGUACUGUUUGCCAUACUUGCCAAAUAUCAGAACUCAAAAUAAAACGGAUCAUUUUUGGGACCAUUUUCAGUGAUGUUGACUACUUUAAACAUCGUCUUCUCCAGGACUGCUGGACCGAUCUUGGUACAUAGCAUCCAUGUACCCAUGUUUUUAAACGCAACAUUUUUUUCCCCAGGACUUAAACAAUAUGGGCGCUAUGAGUCAAUGAGCUUGCAUGAAUGGUUCUUCCUGUCCAACAGCGCCACCAUGUGGCCAAAAUAAACCACACUUUAUAGGUUAGCUGGACUCACAUCCCUGAGCAUGUGUGCCAAAUGUCAUCACUCUGAGUCAAACAGAUCAAGCGAUAUAAGCAUGUGCCCUUUAUAGCGCCACCAUGUGGUCGAUCUGAAUGUGCUUGCGUAGGUUGAGUCUUGACAGUGUUGGGGAUUAUUUGGCUGAAAUAUGGCACAAUUUCCACAAUUUAAAUCAGUUUGCAUCCGUUUCACUGAGGGACUUAUAAUUUGGAAGGUAAACCUCAAAAUCAACUAUUGUGGCUGGCUAAUAGUUAUUGUGGCUAGCUUCACAUAGGUCAGUUCUCCGUAUAACAGCAACAUGCUAACAGCAGCCUAUUUUAACCCACUGUAAAUGUUGUGUCAUCUGAACCUUAGCGAAACUGUACACUUGUUUCUAAAACGAACCUCAAUUAGAUAAGUGCCCUAUACCGACAUGGAAGUUUAGUGGUCUGUGUCAAAUACACUUAAAACAGACUGUAGGCCUAAGCAACGUAAAGUAACGUUAGGCAGCUAACGCUACUACCUAUGUUUAAACGUAGCUAGCUAGCCAGCUAAGAUUAAGUUAGCUACCACCUAACCAAUUGAGCUCAAGUGGCACUGUCAGUCUGACACUAGGAGCAAUCAAAUAACUUAGAUAAAACCACUUGCAAAAUAGACUCAGCGAUGUGACGUUGAUGCAGAAAGUAAAUCGCCGAAUGGGUCAAUUUCCGCAACUAAGAGUUCAGAAGCGUGAGGCUCAACUUCUCCACUGGUUUGGUUGUACAACACUGUUACUUAGCUAGCUAGUUAGCGUGGAACCCCGUAUUAUUGGCAUAUUCAACAGCGUUAAAAAAUCUAUAUUACCUUCAACAGUGUCUCCACCAAUCUUGUCCCUGACAUCCUUGGAGAGCUCUUUGGUCUUGGCCACGGUGGAGAGUUUGGAAUCUGAUAGAUUGAUUGCUUCUGUGGACAGGUGUCUUUUAUACAGGUAACAAACUGAGAUUAGGAGCACUCCCUUUAAGAGUGUGCUCCUAAUCUCAGCUCGUUACCUGUAUAAAAGACACCUGGGAGCCAGAAAUCUUUCUGAUUGAGAGGGGGUCAAAUACUUACUUCCCUCAUUAAAAUGCAAAUCAAUUUCUAACAUUUUUGACAUGCGUUUUUCUGAUUAUUUUUUAAAAUAUUCUGUCUCUCACUGUUCAAAUAAACCUACCAUUAAAAUUAUAGACUGAUCAUGUCUUUGUCAGUGGGCAAACUUACAAAAUCAGCAGGGGAUCAAAUACUUUUUCCCCUCACUGUAGCUACUAGCGAUAGCCUUAGUGGCUAACGCUAGCCAGCUUCAUGAUACGGCCAAGAGUAGCCAAUCUAAACUACACUAUUAUGGUCUCUGACACUAACAUUACCCACUAAGUAAAACCUAAAAAAGUAUGACCAACUCAGAUACAACUGGUACUAAUGUCAGACAUACACACUAUUUUGCACAACCACCUAGGGUGGGCCGUAUCCAGAUUUUCAUAUCGUCAUACCGUCCUUCUCUCACCCGGGGUAGAUGGUAUUACCAGUUUAGUACACAAGGGGCCGCCCCCCCCCAAAAAAUGCUAAAAAGCCCAUUGGGUGUCUAAUACCAGAAUGCUAACAAAAUUAGGACAAGUAAUAAUGCAUUUCCAUGGAGGCUGCUAGCUAAAUAUGCUAACGAGUACAAAUCAAAAUAAACAAAUGACAAAGACAGGCAAUCCAGCUCAUAAAGUUAUACAUAUAUAGGUAGGAGCUACUGAAUGUCAUUUUUGCUGAGUUUGGACAUUUACAAGCGGAUGUGAACGAGAGACAUUGUGCAAAUGAACAAAGUUUUGACGCAUGCAGGACUGGCUCUCCAGCAGCAUGUCUACAUGGAUGUGUGUUGCUAGGGAAACGGGAGCAUGCAGGACUGGCUCUCCAGCAGCAUGUCUACAUAUAUGUGUGUUGCUAGGGCAACGGAGAUCAUGCAGGACUGGCUCUCCAGCAGCAUGUCUACAUGGAUGUGUGUUGCUAGGGCAACGGGAGCAUGCAGGACUGGCUCUCCAGCAGCAUGUCUACAUGUAUGUGUGUUGCUAGGGCAACGAGACUCCAAAAAACAAGAUGGCAGUGACAGCUGUACAAAUACAGCGCAUUCGGAAAGUAUUCAGACCCCUUGACUUUUUCCACAUUUUGUUAUGUUACAGCCUUAUUCUAAAAUGUAUUACAUCGUUUUUUCCCUCAAUCUACACACAAAAGUCCAUAAUGACAAAGCAAAAACAGGUUUUCGGAAAUAUAUAAAACUGAAAUAUCACAUUUACAUAAGUAUUAAGACCCUUUACUCAGUGCUUUGUUGAAGCACCUUUGGCAGCGAUUACAGCCUUGAGUCUUCUUGGGUAUGACGCUACAAGCUUGGCACACCUGUAUUUGGGGAGUUUCUCCCAUUCUUCUCUGCAGAUCCUCUCAAGCUCUGUCAGGUUGGAUGGGGAGCGUUGCUGCACAGCUAUUAUCAGGUCCCUCCAGAGAUGUUCAAUUGGGUUCAAGUCCGGGCUCUGGCUGGGCCACUCAAGGUCAUUCAGAGACUUGCCCCGAAGCCACUCCUGCGAGGUCUUGGCUGUGUGCUUAGGGUCGUUGUCCUGUUGGAAGGUGACCCUUCGCCCCAGUCUGAGGUCCUGAGUGCUUUGGAGCAGGUUUUCAUCAAGGAUCUCUCUGUACUUUGCUCCGUUCAUCUUUCCCUCGAUCCUUACUAGUCUCCAAGUCCCUGCUGCUGAAAGACAUCCCCACAGCAUGAUGCUGCCACCACCAUGCUUCACCGUAGGGAUGGUGCCAGGUUUCCUCCGGACGUGACGCUUGGCAUUCAGGCAAAAAAGUUCAAUCUUGGUUUCAUUAGACCAGAGAAUCUUGUUUCUCAUGGUCUGAGAUUCCUUUAAGUGCCUUUUGGCAAACUCCAAGCGGGCUGUCAUGUGCCUUUUACUGAGGAGUGGCUUCUGUCUGGCCACUCAACCAUAAAGGCCUGAUUGGUGGAGCUGCAGAGAUGAUUGUCCUUCUGGAAGGUUCUCCCAUCUCCACAGAGAAACUCUAGAGCUCUGUCAGAGUGACCAUCGGGUUCUUGGUCACCUCCCUGACCAAGGCCCUUCUCCCCCGAUUGCUCAGUUUGGCCGGGCGGCCAGCUCUAGGAAGAGUCUUGGUGGUUCCAAACUUCUUCCAUUUAAGAAUGAUGGAAGCCACUGUGUUCUUGGGGACCUUCAAUGCUGCAGAAAUGUUUUGGUACCCUUCCCCAGAUCUGUGCCUCAACACAAUCCUGUCGAGGAGCUCUGUGGACAAUUCCUUUUUAUUUGUAAUACAUUUGCACACAAACUGUUUUCGCUUUGUCAUUAUGGGGUAUUGUGUGUAGAUGAUGAGGAAAAAAUAUAUUUUUAUCAAUUUUAGAAUAAGGCUUUAACGUAACAAAAUGUGGAAAAAGUGAAGGGGUCUGAAUACUUUCCGAAUGCAGUGUAGAGAACUGAUACUGUAUACUGGUUGUUGGGGUGGGAUUGGUGUGUCCAUAGGUGGCUUUUAUUGGAUUCCUCAUGUCUUACUCAUUGUUAGGAAGAAUUAUGAUCAAACUCUGUUGUUUGGUACUAUAUUUCUUGAAGAUCAAAAUUAAACCUUUUAAAAUUAAAAUAGCACAUUUGGGUGUAAUCAAUUAGCUUAAUUUCUCAGAGUUCAAAUUAUAUUUAAACAAUGUUUCAGGAAAGUUAAUCUUAUCUGUUUCUAACUAUAGAAACGAUUUCAGCACAAUCUGAGAUGGUGGGUGUCAGUCAUCUUUCUUGUGCUUUUUGAGGUGCAAUGACCCUAGUCUUAACUAGUCUGUAACUUAACUAGUCUGUAACUUAACUAGUCUGUAACUUAACUAGUCUCUAACUUAACUAGUCUGUAACUUAACUAGUCUGUAACUUAACUAGUCUGCUUCUACAUGUCAAAGACAGGCAAGGUGUCAUCUUCACUUAACUCAGCGAAAUGACAUGACCACAAGCAGCAGUGUGAAUAACGUACUGCGACGUAGAGUUAUGCCGGAGGCUGAACCUGUGAGCACCCACACAGGGCAUCCGCUUCACUCGGCUGUAAUGUGUAACAACUCCUAAAAAGAGUAAACUCUAGCUCUGUGCUAUUUGUUGUUGGCCCGUUGACGAUCGCUGAAUCUACCCUGUGUUUCUAACCUUCAGAGUGUUGACGUACCAGCCGUCGACGGUGCGCCUGCCAAAUGUACAGGCCCUGGACACGCCCUACCUGAUGUCUUCACUAGCAGACUAUGCAGUCCCCUUCCACCACUCUACCCUGUCCACCAUCCCUACUGACAUGCAGAGUAAGUAACCCUGUCACCAUCCCUAUAGACAGGAACAGGAAGUCACCCUGUCACCAUCCCUACAGACAUGCAGAGUAAGUAACCCUGUCACCAUCCCUACAGACAUGCAGAGUAAGUAACCCUGUCACCAUCCCUAUAGACAUGUAGAGGAAGUCACCCUGUCACCAUCCCUAUAGACAGGAACAGGAAGUCACCCUGUCACCAUCCCUACAGACAUGCAGAGUAAGUCACCCUGUCACCAUCCCUACAGACAUGUAGAGGAAGUCACCCUGUCACCAUCCCUAUAGACAGGAACAGGAAGUAACCCUGUCACCAUCCCUAUAGACAGGAACAGGAAGUCACCCUGUCACCAUCCCUACAGACAUGUAGAGGAAGUCACCCUGUCACCAUCCCUAUAGACAGGAACAGGAAGUAACCCUGUCACCAUCCCUACAGACAUGCAGAGUAAGUCACCCUGUCACCAUCCCUAUAGACAGGAACAGGAAGUCACCCUGUCACCAUCCCUACAGACAUGCAGAGUAAGUCACCCUGUCACCAUCCCUACAGACAUGUAGAGGAAGUCACCCUGUCACCAUCCCUACAGACAUGUAGAGUAAGUCACCCUGUCACCAUCCCUACAGACAGGAACAGGAAGUCACCCUGUCACCAUCCCUACAGACAUGUAGAGGAAGUCACCCUGUCACCAUCCCUACAGACAGGAACAGGAAGUCACCCUGUCACCAUCCCUACAGACAGGAACAGGAAGUCACCCUGUCACCAUCCCUACAGACAUGUAGAGGAAGUCACCCUGUCACCAUCCCUAUAGACAGGAACAGGAAGUCACCCUGUCACCAUCCCUAUAGACAGUAACAGGAAGUCACCCUGUCACCAUCCCUACAGACAUGUAGAGGAAGUCACCCUGUCACCAUCCCUACAGACAUGUAGGGUAAGUCACCCUGUCACCAUCCCUAUAGACAGGGACAGGAAGUCACCCUGUCACCAUCUCUACAGACAUGCAGAGUAAGUCACCCUGUCACCAUCCCUAUAGACAGGAACAGGAAGUCACCCUGUCACCAUCCCUACAGACAUGUAGAGGAAGUCACCCUGUCACCAUCCCUACAGACAGGAACAGGAAGUCACCCUGUCACCAUCCCUACAGACAGGAACAGGAAGUCACCCUGUCACCAUCCCUAUAGACAUGUAGAGGAAGUCACCCUGUCACCAUCCCUACAGACAGGAACUGGAAGUCACCCUGUCACCAUCCCUAUAGACAGGAACAGGAAGUCACCCUGUCACCAUCCCUACAGACAGGAACAGGAAGUUACCCUGUCACCAUCCCUAUAGACAGGAACAGGAAGUCACCCUGUCACAAUCCCUACAGACAGGAACAGGAAGUUACCCUGUCACCAUCCCUAUAGACAGGAACAGGAAGUCACCCUGUCACAAUCCCUACAGACAGGAACAGGAAGUCACCUUGUCACCAUCCCUACAGACAUGUAGAGGAAGUCACCCUGUCACCAUCCAUAUAGACGGGGACAGGAAGUCACCCUGUCACCAUCCCUAUAGACAUGUAGAGGAAGUCACCCUGUCACCAUCCCUAUAGACAUGCAGAGGAAGUCACCCUGUCACCAUCCCUAUAGACAUGUAGAGGAAGUCACCCUGUCACCAUUCCUACAGACAGGAACAGGAAGUCACCCUGUCACCAUCCCUAUAGACAGGAACAGGAAGUCACCCUGUCACCAUCCCUACAGACAUGUAGAGGAAGUCACCCUGUCACCAUCCCUAUAGACAGGAACAGGAAGUAACCCUGUCACCAUCCCUACAGACAUGCAGAGUAAGUCACCCUGUCACCAUCCCUAUAGACAGGAACAGGAAGUCACCCUGUCACCAUCCCUACAGACAUGCAGAGUAAGUCACCCUGUCACCAUCCCUACAGACAUGUAGAGGAAGUCACCCUGUCACCAUCCCUAUAGACAGGAACAGGAAGUAACCCUGUCACCAUCCCUAUAGACAGGAACAGGAAGUCACCCUGUCACCAUCCCUACAGACAUGUAGAGGAAGUCACCCUGUCACCAUCCCUAUAGACAGGAACAGGAAGUAACCCUGUCACCAUCCCUACAGACAUGCAGAGUAAGUCACCCUGUCACCAUCCCUAUAGACAGGAACAGGAAGUCACCCUGUCACCAUCCCUACAGACAUGCAGAGUAAGUCACCCUGUCACCAUCCCUACAGACAUGUAGAGGAAGUCACCCUGUCACCAUCCCUACAGACAUGUAGAGUAAGUCACCCUGUCACCAUCCCUACAGACAGGAACAGGAAGUCACCCUGUCACCAUCCCUACAGACAUGUAGAGGAAGUCACCCUGUCACCAUCCCUACAGACAGGAACAGGAAGUCACCCUGUCACCAUCCCUACAGACAGGAACAGGAAGUCACCCUGUCACCAUCCCUACAGACAUGUAGAGGAAGUCACCCUGUCACCAUCCCUAUAGACAGGAACAGGAAGUCACCCUGUCACCAUCCCUAUAGACAGUAACAGGAAGUCACCCUGUCACCAUCCCUACAGACAUGUAGAGGAAGUCACCCUGUCACCAUCCCUACAGACAUGUAGGGUAAGUCACCCUGUCACCAUCCCUAUAGACAGGGACAGGAAGUCACCCUGUCACCAUCUCUACAGACAUGCAGAGUAAGUCACCCUGUCACCAUCCCUAUAGACAGGAACAGGAAGUCACCCUGUCACCAUCCCUACAGACAUGUAGAGGAAGUCACCCUGUCACCAUCCCUACAGACAGGAACAGGAAGUCACCCUGUCACCAUCCCUACAGACAGGAACAGGAAGUCACCCUGUCACCAUCCCUAUAGACAUGUAGAGGAAGUCACCCUGUCACCAUCCCUACAGACAGGAACUGGAAGUCACCCUGUCACCAUCCCUAUAGACAGGAACAGGAAGUCACCCUGUCACCAUCCCUACAGACAGGAACAGGAAGUUACCCUGUCACCAUCCCUAUAGACAGGAACAGGAAGUCACCCUGUCACAAUCCCUACAGACAGGAACAGGAAGUUACCCUGUCACCAUCCCUAUAGACAGGAACAGGAAGUCACCCUGUCACAAUCCCUACAGACAGGAACAGGAAGUCACCUUGUCACCAUCCCUACAGACAUGUAGAGGAAGUCACCCUGUCACCAUCCCUAUAGACGGGGACAGGAAGUCACCCUGUCACCAUCCCUAUAGACAUGUAGAGGAAGUCACCCUGUCACCAUCCCUAUAGACAUGCAGAGGAAGUCACCCUGUCACCAUCCCUAUAGACAUGUAGAGGAAGUCACCCUGUCACCAUUCCUACAGACAGGAACAGGAAGUCACCCUGUCACCAUCCCUAUAGAUAGGAACAGGAAGUCACCCUGUCACCAUCCCUACAGACAGGAACAGGAAGUUACCCUGUCACCAUCCCUACAGACAGGAACAGUAAGUUACCCUGUCACCAUCCCUACAGACAGGAACAGGAAGUUACCCUGUCACCAUCCCUAUAGACAGGAACAGGAAGUUACCCUUUCACCAUCCCUACAGACAGGAACAGGAAGUUACCCUUUCACCAUCCCUAUAGACAGGAACAGGAAGUUACCCUUUCACCAUCCCUACAGACAGGAACAGGAAGUCACCCUAUUACCAGUGGAGCUAGUUCUCAGAUGUCUGGGGAAUCAGGAGAGAGUGAGGAAGUCCUCCAAACAGGAGUUCUGGAAAACCUGUGAAUUUCCGGAACUUUGCAACCCUAGUUGGUGCUUCGACCUGCUUGUCCUGCCAAUCAAACAAUGACAUGUUUUGUUUAAAUGUCUGGUAAUAGCCAUGUCUGUGAUGUAGCUUUGAGUUCAGAGGAGGAGAGUGAAACAAUCUUUUCCCCUCUCAACUAGGUCUGGAUCUGUUCUCGCUGAUCCAAGGUGACUCACAGCAUUACAGAGCUCCCAUGUUCCUGGAUAACCUGACCAGCAGCCUGCAGGGUGCCACCACUAGCGCCGCCCUGGUGUCCUCUUCUAGCCAGUACGAGCCCAGCUCCCACCACCACACCACCACCACCUCCUCAUCCUCCCAUGAGACUGGGGUUAUCACCGGGGGGGCAGGGUCAAACAGCAUGUCAGACAUCAUCUCAUUGGACUGA